AUGAUGAAUCGAGAAAAAUUAAUUAAACUCUUAGAAAAAGAGAAUAAAAAUCGUAUGAAUAUAAAGAAUGUGAAAUUUCGUGAUUGUCAUUGUAUGUUUAAUAAUUACUCUCAAUGUUAUGUAAAUGUAAAAAAUAAAUAUGAGAAUAAAGAUUUUUGGAAAUAUGAAAAUAUUUAUGGAAAUGAUAAUAUAAUAAAAAGAAGUGUACAAGAAGAAGAAGAAAAAAAAAAAAAAUCGAUAGAAGAUAAUUAUAAUAAAGAAAGCAGUCUUGAAUUUACUUAUCCUUAUAGAUAUGAAAGUAAUCGAAAUAUAUUUUUAAUAAUUAAUAGUGAAAAUAUAAAUUUAGGAAAUUCAUGUAUAUAUCAUAAUGAUAUGAUAUAUAUUAUACAUAAUAAUAAAAGGUAUGAACACAUGAACUUACCCAAGAGGACCAAAAAGAAAAAAAAGAAAAAAAAAAGAAAAACAAAAAAAACAAAAACAAAAAAAAGGACCUUACAUAAUAUGAAAAAUGACACUUUUGGUACUCUUACUAAUAUGAACGAUGAAAAGGAUUAUAUGAAAUAUAAUCAAGAUAAUCCUGAUCAAGAUGAUGAUAACGAUUAUGAUGAUUAUGAAGAUGAAGAUGAUGAUGAUGAUUAUGAUGAUGAUGAUGAUGAUGAUGAUGAAGAUGAUAAUGAUGAUGAUGAUGAUAAUGAUGAUGAUGACGACUAUGAUGACAAUUAUAAUAACAGCUUUGAUAACAGCUAUGAUAAUCAAUAUAACCUAAAACGAAAUAAAAAAAAAAUCAAUCCCAUGUAUAAUAGCACCAUAUUUGAAACUAGCAAUAUGAACUUUUGUGUAAAAGAUGAAAAGAGAAUAAAAAAAGAAAAACAAAAGAACUCACUUCAUAAAAGAAAUAUUAUAUAUUCUGAUGAUGAUUCAGAUAAUAAUUAUGAACAUAUUUUUACUCAUAUAAAUUCAGAUUUAUUUUUUCUUAGCAUUUCCAAUGAUCAUAUAGAAAAAGAAAAUAAUUUAUAUAUACAAAAUGAACAAUUUAUAAAUUAUGAUGAUGUUAUAUUUAGAAAAUUCAAAUUUCAUAAAAACUUAUUUGUAAAUAUGGAUUCAUGUAACUCAUGGAUCAUAAUAAAAAAAAGUAUCCUUAUAAAUGAAUACAUGGCAAGGUCAGAAAAAAAUGAUUUAACAGAUAUAAAUGAUGUCUUAUAUGAUGUAGUCAAUAUGUAUCAUCGUAUAUAUAAUUGUUAUACUAGGCUUUAUAUUAAUGAUGAGUUUUUAUUAUUAAAUAAUAAGACAAAAGAAAUAUUAGGUGUUCAAAAUGUUGCCUCACAUAUAAAUAACACAACAUAUAAUAAUAUUAACAAUAUGGAUAAUAUAAAUAAUUAUAAUAAUAUUCGUGAACACUUAAAAAGGACAGAAAAAAAAAAAAAAAUUAAUAAUUAUAAUAAUAAUGAUGAACUAAGUACAGCCGAUACAGGUGAUGAUAUGUUACCCAAUAAUUAUGAAUACAAUGAAGAAUCCAAAUAUUAUAAAUUAGUUUUAAUAAAAAAAAUGUCUUUGAAACAUCUUUUUAAUAAUCAAACUGAUAUUAAUAUUUUAUUUAGUUUUCAUAAUGCAUGUUUGAGUAAUUAUAAUAAAUUAGAUGAAAAUUAUUCUUAUUUAUUAAUUAAUAAUUAUAAUUUAAAUAAUAAAAGUGAGCAUUUCUUAAACAUAUCAAUGAAUAAAAAUUACAAUAAUAAUAAUAAUAAUAAUAAUGAUAGUAAUAUUUUAAGUAAUGAAAUGUACUCCUAUUUUAAUAAUUAUUUAACAAAAAAAAUUGUGGAAAAUUAUUCAACAUACAGCUUAUAUAUUAAAGAAUGCUUAUUAAUUAUCGAUAUAUUAUAUAUUUUGAAUAACACAUACGGAAAUUUAAUAUAUAUUAAAGAAUAUUAUAAAUAUGAUCAUGAAAAUUAUUAUACAAAUAUAAUUUCUAAUAUAGUUCAAAAAAAAAAAGAAAAAAAAAAAAAAAACUAUAAAAAUAUUAAAAAUAUUUAUGAUCAACCAAAAGAAAAUAAUAGAAAAGAAAGUAACUCUAUUUAUUCCAUAUCCUCAUUUAGUGAAAAAAAAUAUAAAAAUAAUAAUACUAUUCAUACGAAUAAUUUACGUUCAGAAGAAAUACCAUACGAUUCUAUGUCUUCAUCAAAUAUGUCUUCAUCGAAUAUGUCCUCAUCAAAUAAAUCAUCACCAAAUUCUUCAAUAUCAUAUGACAUAUCAAAAAUGAGAAAGAGAGGAAAAAAUAAUUUAAAUUAUAUAAACAGAAAACAACUUAAUAAUGAUCUUAUUUAUUUUUUUCCUAAAUAUAAAUUAAUUAUUCAUCCAACAUUAUUAAAUGUAAACGAACAAAAUAAUAGCAAUAUUGAAAUUGCUAGAGAAAUAUUAUAUUUAGGUAUAUAUAUACGGAAAAUACAAAAAUUUAUAGAAAUUAAUAAAAGAAGCCAAUCAUGUAAUUUCACAUUUGAUAUAUUUUGUUGUUGCUUAUAUAAUAUUAGUGCACAUAUAUUAAAUCAUAUAAAUAAAAUAGAAGAAAAUGUUCGAAAUAUAUAUAAUUUUACUAAAAUUAAUAUGAAAAAUAAUAUGCAAAAUAAUAUGCAAAAUAAUAUGCAAAAUAAUAUGAAAAAUAAUAUGAAAAGUAAUAUGAAAAAUAAUAAUCAAAAUAAUAAUCAAAAUAAUAAUCAAAAUAAUCACAAUAAUAAUAAUACCUUUAUCAAUGAUGAUGAUCUAUCGUUGUGUCUUUUUGAUGAAUAUAAGUUAUCUACAUGUACUGACCCUGAAGAAAAAAAAAUUUUUUUUAGUAUUAAUAAUUUGUUUCAUAAAAAUAUACAAGAUUUUAAUCUAUUCUUUAAUAUUAAUAUUGAAAAGGCAGAAGAUAUUUCCCUAUACAAAAUAAAAAUAAGUGUAUUACCAUUAAUUCAAAUAGCCAAGUUAUUAAAUAAAAUUAUUAAUAAAAUUAUUAAAAAAAAGAAAAUUAAUAAUUCCAAAUAUCUAAUUGAUUUAAUAUAUAAUUUACAAGAAUAUCUAAAUCCUGAUGAUAUAAAUAAAAAAGUACUCUUAUAUUUAUUAAAAAAUAUUACUACUCCUCUAUUUGAUUUUAUAAAAAAUUAUAUAUUCUAUGGAAAGGUUAAAGAUACAUAUAAAGAAUUCUUUAUACAUGAAAAUAAACAUAUUACACCAUAUUAUAAACAAAAUCAUAAACCAUAUUUUAAUAAUAUGUAUAAAUAUAUAUUCAAAAAAUAUAUUGACUUGUCCACAAAUUAUUGGGGAGCUAAAUAUAUUAUAUUAAAUGAUAAAGUACCCAAAUUUUUAAAAAAAUUAUCAAAUCAUAUUUUUAUAACAGGAAAAUAUAUUGAUGUAUUAUCAGCAUGUUCUAAAAUUUUAAACAUACAAAGAAAAACAUCAUUUUAUUUAAUAGAUCAAGAUGAAUCUAAAAAUAUAAAUGAAAACAUUAAUAUAAAUAUAGAUAACACUCAAAAUAAUAAUAUGAAUAGUCUUUUAUAUCCUAAAGAUGUAAUAUAUAAACCUAAAUAUAAUGAAAAUAUAAAAAAUGAACAAUAUACAAAUAAUGAUAAUAUUAUCAAUCCAUAUUUUUAUAAUAAUUUUUAUAAAUCACAAAUAGAAACAAACCAUACAAUAAAUAGACAAAUCAUAGAUGCAAAAAAAAAAUAUAGUUAUAUGAAUUUACCAUAUGAAGAUGAAUAUUAUGAACAUAAUAAAAAUGAUGAAAAAAAUAAAUCUUGCUUUCUAGUAUAUGAUAGUGAUAAAAAGGUUUAUGAAAAUCUAAUACAUAAUCAACAUUUAUAUGCAUCAAAAAAAAUGUUUGAAUUAUAUAUAAAAAAAAUAGAUAUAAAAGAAAAAAUUAAACAUCAUUAUUUUUUUUUCUUUUUACAAAUAAGUGAUUAUCUAAAAUAUUUUUAUAUAUUAUCUCAUGAGUAUUUAGAAAAAUUAUAUCAUUACAAAAAAAAUAAUGUCUUAAAUAAAUUAAAAAAUUUUUUUGAUAUUUCUAUUAGAUCAUCUGUAUUAUAUCAUUUAAAAUAUAAAAAAGAUUAUAAUGUUGCUAUUUCGGAUAUUUUUAGUAUUAUGGAUAAUGUAAACUUAAUUAUUGAUCUAAGGAAGUUUCAAAUAUCAAAUGAACAACAAGGACAAAAUAAAAAAUGUUCAAAUAAUAAUAAUAGUGGUGAUGAAGAUGAAGAUGAUGAUGGUGAUUAUUAUAACAAUAAUGGAAAUAAAUAUAAUAAUUAUGAAGAUGAGUAUAAUGAUGAUGAAGAAGAAAGAAAUAAUUACCUCAAUAAAAAUAACUAUGACGAGGAUAACGAAGAAGAAGAAGACGAGAACGACGAACAAGAUGAUAAUGAAACAGACGAUGAUGAAGAAGAAUAUGAAUAUGAAGACGAUGAUGAUAAUGAAACAGACAAUGAUCGUAAUAAUUAUAAUAAUAUCAAUAAGAAUUACCACGAUGACCAUGUUCAUAAUAAUUCUUUUAAUAUAGAAAGUAAUCCAUUACAUAUUAACGAUACAACUAAUCAAAAAAAACAACAUUAUAAUGAAGAAUAUUAUAAAUACAAAAAUGAAAGGAUUAUCAAAAAAAAUGCAGAAUUAAAAAAUAAAGGUGCAAUAAAAAAAAAAAAAAAAAAAGUUACGAAAAAAAAAAAAAAUGUAUCUAAAUUGAAUGAAAUACGAAGAAAUAAAAAUAAAACUAAUACAAAUAAUAUGAAUAAUACAAACAGUAUGAAUAAUAUAAACAAUUUAAAUAAUAUUAACAGCAAAAAUAAGAAUGGAGAUGAUAUGUCUUUUAACCCUUUAAAGAAUAUAAAAAAUAAUUUCAUAUUAAAAAAUAUAAAUAAUAAUGGACCAUCAAAUAUGAACGUGGAAAUAUAUAAAGGAUUAAUUUUAUCGUAUAAAAAUAUGUUUCCUUAUAAUUUAAUAUUUAAUAAUAUAACAAUAUUUAAAUAUACCUUAAUUUUUAGAGUCUUAAAUUAUUGUAAAUAUAUAGAACAUAAAUUAUCAGAAGUGUGGUUAAAUCAUAUGUUUGUAAAAAAUAUAAAUAUUAAUGAUGAAUGUACAAAUAAUUUAAUGAUAUGUAUACAUACAAGAGAAUGUAUGAUUCAUUUUUUAAAAUGUUAUUUAUAUCAUAUUCAAAAUGAUGUUAUAAAAUCAGAAUAUAACAACAUGAAUAAUAAAUUAAAAGAAACAUUAAUAUUUGAUGAUAUUAUACAUAUACAUAACACAUAUUUAAAUAAUAUAUUAAAAUAUUCAUUUAUAAUGAAUAAUAAUAUUAUUACAUGUAUUCUAAAAUUAAUAUCUAUAUCACAUAUAUUUACAAGACAUAUAUUAAAAUUUAAUUUUGAUAAAAAUGAACAAAUAGAAAACAUAACAACCCAUGAUAAUGUUAAGUCUAAUAUACUUAAUACAAAUACAACUCAUAUGAAAAACAAUCCACAUAAUAAUAAUAAUAAUAAAUAUAACAAUAAAAAUAACUAUCAUAAAAAAAUUGUCCAAGAAUUAUUAACAGACAAAGCAUAUAUUUCUAUGAUUCAAAAUACAAUUAAACAUUAUGAUAAACAUUUUAAAAAUUUCUUCCUUCUAUUAACAGAAUAUGUAAAUAAUAAUAUUGAUGAAUAUGCUCAUAAUUUUCUUAUAAAAUUAGAUUAUAAUUUUUAUUAUACUAAUAAAUAUAAAAUAUCAUAUCAAAAUCCGACUUCUUUUAAUAAUGAUCUAAACUCAGAAUAUAUAAAUGAUAAUUGUAAUGAUUAUGUAGAUGAUUCGAACGACACUCGAGAAAGAACAAAGGAAAAUGUAGUUGGAAAUAAUUAUAAUAAUAAUGUCUCAAAUUAUAAUCAUAUACAAACAAAUAUUAAUCCUGUAGAAUCAAAUAAUAUACAAACAAAAAGGAAACAAAAUUUAUUUCUUACCAAUGAUAGAAAUUAUAAUAAUAUUGAUAUUAAUAGUCAUACUAAUAUAAAUGAUAUGAAUAAUAUUAAUAUGAUGAAUAAGGAUGAAAAUUAUAAUUUAUACAGGGAAAAAAUUACUUCUGAGAUAAAAAAUCACAACCCAAAUGAAUACAACAAAAAUAAUAUAAUUAGUAGUCAAAAUAUUCAUAAUAAUAAUAAUACUAAUUAUCAUCAAAUAAAUUAUAGUUUGCAUAGAUUCAACAAUAACAAUAAUGAUAAUAUUAACGUACACGCCGAUUUACACAAUUUAAAUGACAAAUCAAAUUUUUAUAAAAAAGAAAAUUAUAAUAAUAAUAAUGAUACAAACAACAAUAAUUAUCAGUAUACUAAUAAUAACUCUCAUAAAGGUUCAAAUGAAAAAAAUAAUAUAUAUAAUAAUCAUUCCAUUAGUUAUAUCAGAAAUAAUUAUAAUAAAAAUAUAUUAAAUAAUAAUAAAGAUACCAUUCUAAGUGAAAAACAUUAUCUAAAAGAAAAGAAUCAUAUAUCAUUUCAAAAUAAAAAUCAUGAUACUCCUUCUCCUUUACAUAUAAAUAAUUUUAAUAAUGAAGAAAAUAAUAAUAAUAUGGAAAACAAUAAUAUAUCUCCUUUAAAUUAUUCAAAAUUAAAAAAAUUUAAUACAUCAUAUAAUAACAAUGAAAAUAUGAAAAAUAUUAAUUUAAGUGAUAUUGAUCUUGACAGUAUAGAUAAUAGUAGAUACAGUAGUAAAUAUAAUGCAUAA